AUGUGUCGUACAUUGGAAAGUAUGUGUCGUACAUUGGAAAGUAUGUGUCGUACAUUGGAAAGUAUGUGUCGUACAUUGGAAAGUAUGUGUCGUACAUUGGAAAGUAUGUGUCGUACAUUGGAAAGUAUGUGUCGUACAUUGGAAAGUAUGUGUCGUACAUUGGAAAGUAUGUGUCGUACAUUGGAAAGUAUGUGUCGUACAUUGGAAAGUAUGUGUCGUACAUUGGAAAGUAUGUGUCGUACAUUGGAAAGUAUGUGUCGUACAUUGGAAAGUAUGUGUCGUACAUUGGAAAGUAUGUGUCGUACAUUGGAAAGUAUGUGUCGUACAUUGGAAAGUAUGUGUCGUACAUUGGAAAGUAUGUGUCGUACAUUGGAAAGUAUGGGUCGUAUAUUGGAGAAGUAUGUGUCGUAUUAUGGGCCAUGGUUUCAUUAG